UUAUAAAUUGUUAAUAUUUCAGUUCAAUCUGAUAAAAAAGAUGAUGAUACAUCAAGCUGUACAGUGAAUAAAUCUGUGCUAGAUGAGAUUUUAUCUCAAAGGACUCAAGAAAAUGUUAAUGUUGAUGUUAAUAAAAUACAAAAUGAAGAAAAUAAUGAAGGAAGCAGUCAUGAUGGAAAGGAUAAUGAAGACGACAACAACAAUGAAGAAGAUGAUGAUGAUGACGACGACGACGACGAUGAUUUAAUUAUGUUUGAAAAAAGAGUAACCUUAUCUGAACUUGAUAAUGAAUCAAAAGAAUAUAAGCCAUUGGGAAUGGGAAUUCUCCGUAUACUCUAUGAUGAUACAAUUUAUGGUGCGAGAAUUCAAAUGUAUGAUGAUGUACAAGACUUAAAAUGUGAUCACGCCAUUGCCGUACAAACAUGUCUGAGGCAUGAAAAAACUCGUGCCUUCUGGGCAGCUAUAGACAUAAGUGUGGAGCCUCCGUGUAAAAGACAUUUCUGUGCUCUCUUUAGUUCAAUAAAUGCACUGAAGGAGUUUAUAAAAAUAUUUGAAGAAGGAAAGCAGAUGGCAAUUGAAUCAGAAAUAGUAGAAGAAGAAGAUGAGGAAUCUAUGUUUCGGCAUCUCAUUCAGAUGCAGCAUGGAAAAGAGUUGCCUUAAAAUCAGUUUCUGUGAUCGUCAGGAUAAGUUUCAGUUCUCUAACAUUUGUAGGCGACAAGACACAAUGGAUGUAAGAGAAUCGACUCGAAAUAGCAUAACAUCUCUGUAUUAUAUAUAUAUUAAAAUAGAAUUUUUUAUGAGUAAAACUAGUAUGAAAUUUUAUCAACAUGUAAAUAAUUUUGAUAAAAUGUGUCUCCCUUCCUAUCAUCAACUUCAAAGGCUCCUUUAAGACAUUAUUAUUAUAAAAAAUGAGAACAAAUGUGAUCUGAUCUAUUACUAUUCCAUCCGUUGUACAUUAAUUUUCAAUGCAAAUAGAAUGGGAAAUAUAUAUAUACACAUUUUCCAUUGCAUGAUGUCAAUGUUUUUCCAUUUGUUUGUUCUAUAAGUAAAUUAAUUUACUUAAUUUUGAUUUAAAUAAAUAGUCUUAGUGAUUCUUGAA